AUGGGUCCUAGCAAUUCCACCAUGAAUAUAUCAUCAUCACAAGCAGAACUAGCAAGUUUAAAAAACUUGAGUUCUCCAGUUCCUUACCUCUUUGCUGGCUUAGCUCUAAUGUGUGGAGUCAUCGCGAUAGCAUUACUCGUAAUCGCGUGUUCUUUUCGUAGAUAUUCAUCUUCUAUCUCAUCUAAUGACGAAGAAAAAUCGUCGAAUAUGCAUGUUAUGGAUGUGGAUCAGGUGAGUCCGGAGCCAAAGAUUGUGGUGGUAAUGCCUGGAGAGAGUAAUCCAACUCAUUUGGCUAAGCCAGUUUUGUCCAUAAGUCAUCAUGAUCAACAAGAUCUUUAG